AUGACACAAGGAAAUGAAGAUAUAGCAAGAUUAUAUGCACAAAAUGCCAUUCGUAAGGCCAAUGAAAGAUUAAAUCUUCUUAGAUUAGCUUCUAGAAUUGAUGCAGUGGCUUCAAGAGUACAAACAGCAGUUACAAUGAGACAAGUUACAGGGAAUAUGACCAAUGUUAUAAAAGGGAUGGAUAAAGCACUUCAGACGAUGAAUCUUGAACAUAUUUCCCUUGUGAUGGAGAAAUUUGAACAACAAUUUGAAGAUUUGGAUGCCACCACGGAGUAUUAUGAAGGAGCUACAAAUAAUGCUACAGCUUUAACCACUCCACAAGAUGAAGUUGAUUUAUUAAUGAGUAAAGUUGCUGAUGAAGCUGGAUUAGAAAUGAAACAUAAUUUACCAGAGAAUGCACAACCAGAAGAGCCUGUGAAGACCGGGAACAAGGUCAGCGAGGACAAAGAGGACAAGCUCACCGAGAGACUUAGAGCACUUAGAUCAUGA